GGUGACCUCGUUGAUGCGUAAGUCCUCUAGCGCGCAAGCGCAAUUGCAGGCAGUGAGCGUAUAGGCGACCCAAGAUGGCGGCUGUUGUGCAGAAUGUAGUCAAACUGCUUGGAGAACAGUAUUACAAAGAUGCAAUGGAGCAGUGUCAUAAUUACAAUGCACGACUUUGUGCUGAAAGGAGUGUUAGGAUGCCUUUUCUUGACUCGCAAACAGGCGUUGCUCAGAGUAACUGCUAUAUUUGGAUGGAAAAGAGACAUAGAGGCCCAGGAAUGGCACCUGGACAGAUCUAUAGCUAUCCUGCCAGAAGAUGGAGAAAAAAAAGGAGAGCGCAUCCCCCAGAAGACCCUCGACUUGCAUUCCCUCCACUCAAACCAGAUCUGGAGCUGGCUUUGAAGAAAGAUUCCCUAGUGCCCCCAGAUGGCAGCAGUCUGGAAGCACUGUUGAAGACAGAGUCACUAGAGAAGCGAAGUUUAUCAGAUGCCCGAUCCAUUGAUGAAGACCACAGCCUGUCUGAGUUCCCUAGUGCCAACUCGCGCACCAGGAAGGUACUGCAGCCCAAAGAGGCUCUGCAGCCCUAUGUGGCUCGUGGGAACUUCAUGAGAAUCCUGGAGCCUGAUGACUUCCUUGAUGACCUGGACGAUGAAGACUAUGAAGAAGAUACUCCUAAGCGACGUGGAAAAGGAAAGGGGAAGGGCAGAGGUGUUGCCAGUGCCAAGAAGAAGCUUGAUGCUGCAGCAGCAGCCUUGGAAGAUCGAGACAAGCCUUAUGCAUGUGACAUUUGUGGGAAACGCUAUAAGAACCGGCCAGGACUCAGCUACCACUAUGCACACUCCCACUUGGCAGAUGAAGAGGGUGAAGAUAAAGAAGACUCUGAACCACGCACACCUAUUGCCCCUAGACUGGAAGAGCAAAAAUCUAAAAAGGGUCCAGAUGGUUUGGCACUUCCAAAUAAUUAUUGUGACUUUUGCUUGGGUGACUCUAAAAUCAACCAUAAGACAGGACAAGCUGAAGAACUUGUGUCUUGUUCCGACUGUGGACGUUCAGGCCACCCGUCCUGUCUUCAGUUUACUCCAGUCAUGAUGGCAGCAGUCAAGACAUAUCGUUGGCAGUGUAUUGAAUGCAAAUGCUGUAAUAUUUGUGGGACCUCUGAAAAUGAUGACCAGCUGCUGUUCUGUGAUGACUGUGACCGUGGAUAUCACAUGUACUGCCUAAACCCACCAAUGUCUGAACCCCCAGAAGGGAGCUGGAGUUGUCAUCUAUGUUUGGAUUUACUGAAGGACAAGGCCUCCAUAUACCAGAACCAGAAUGCCCCUCCUUCAUGAUACUGUCAAGGAUUCCUCAACACACUGGGACGUUAGCCUGACUAUGCUGGUCUUGGUGCCCAUUCAAUGCCUCAGCAAGAUGUCGAGUCUAGAUCUGCCUGUGGGCGCUGAGACUGGCCUUCUUGUAAAGAAACAUGAUCUAGUGUGUCUUAUUUCCUCAUCAUGUUUUGUUAGGACUAUCACAAAAUUACACAAACAGGACACUGUUACGUUAACACACAGUAUGCAUAGCUGGUGUGAAGGAUCAUCUUACCUCCAAAUUAUUUUUAGUUAGCAUUCCAAGGUCUGAAAGCAAAAAAUAAUGUUUUAAUAUUACUGUCUUUUUGAUAUUAAAGAUUUUUACUGAAAAAUUUUGAGAGUUCGCAUCACUAUGGAAAAUAUGUUUAAGUGAUUAAAAUGGUAAAUUUGAAAAGUUUUAGUGUUUAAAGACACACUGCUAAUUAAAUAUUUACAAAUAAAGUUAAGUUGCAUGCAAAAUUGUUUAACCCGGGAACUGCAUAUUGAUUCCUACAUGGGCAAUGGAGCAGACCCCAGAAUAACAUAUCAUAUUGAAUACGUUGUUUGACGUGUCUGGUUUUUUUUGAAGGUGCGGCCUACAUCCUUAAUUGACACCUCGGCUCACCCAAAUGCAGGAUGUCUUAGAUGAAUUGCUCUUGGGGCCAAAGUCACCUCAGUUUUCAUACUGUAAUAAUCAGCCUUCUUUAGUUUAUUAAUAUUUUUUAUUUUUACUUUUCUCAGCAGCCCACACCUUAAACCCCCGGGCAAUGUGUUUCUGCAUGUGUGUAUAAAUGACUAUAAUUUUGAUUUUUCCUUAGUAUUUUUAAACUCUGUAUAAUGAAUUUUGUGAAAUUCUUUAAAAAAUGUAUCAUACAACCUAUUUUAUAAUGCUAAUUUAUAAUUAAUGGCUCCCACUAUACCACCCAGUGAAGCGAUCUAUAACCUCUGCAAGUUGUUUAAUAUGUUUUAGUAUAUUUUUGACUUUGUAAACCAUAACAAAUUCAGUUAUUUGUAUAAGUGCAAAUGGGAAACAAAUGUGGUGAGAAGUUGGGAGUGUGAAUGCCAUUUCUAAAUGCUGUGUCUAGUCUGAUUGAAAUACUUGCGUGUGUGUUGUGUGUGUGCACGUUCUGAUCUGCAGCCAGUCAUGGCUCUGAAAUGUUGCUCAUACAUGCACAGAAAUCAUUGAAUCAAAUUUUCAAGUGAAUAGAAGUGAUUUCUACCUUGUUUAUUCAGGUGUUACAAAUUUUAUUAAAGGCCUUAACUCAUAGCAUUUGCAGUUCAGACCGUGCUGGCUAGUUGUUCUAAUGGGUCAUACAUAAAGCUCAGAGACGGUUAUACUAAAGCCUGUUUUUGUUUUGUGAAGUGGGAUUGGUAUUAAGAAGUAUAAUUUAAAAAAAAAAAAAAGACAGAUAUAAGUACAUUUCUGCUAAAAUAAGCCUUUAAAUUUAGAAUUCUUGACUAAUCGUGCCACUUCCUUACAAAGGGUCAUCCGUAGCCACAGCCAUUAGUCAGUAUGUAUAUGAAAGUGAAACGCCACUGUGGAUACUUUAGUUAAGAUUGAGGCCCUGAGACACAGUUGAGUCGCUGCUAGUAUUUAUUCUGAAACAGAUGACCUGAAGCACAAAAUAUUUGUUGCUUGGAUGAAGGUGUUUUAGGGUAGAUUUGUGGGACAAUCUCAAGAGUGCUGACCUUUAACACUUUUCUUCAUGGAUGUCGUGAGGAAUCCGAGGCUUAUGGAGGUUUAUUGUCUAGUUUGUCAUUCUGUUGAUGUUAAGCAUGACUUGCCUAAACUUGUAUUUGAUUGUAGCUGUCUUUUAACCUUGCUGUGCAUUCACUAAUAGUACAUCUUCUCAUGCUAACAUCUAGAAUGUAGUUAGAAGACAGCUGUUUAAGGGCCAGUGAAAUUAAUCCAAUAAUCGUAUAACUC